ACCAAUAAUUUUCUUAUUUUUAGAGCAAAAUUGAAAUAUUUUCAUAAUUAAUUGACACUAGCUGCAAGGUCAUAAUGAAUGUGAUAGUAGCUGUUAAGCAGUACAUCACAAAGAUGAUAGACGACGCUGGGUCAGGAAUGAAAGUUCUUUUGAUGGAUAAAGAAACUACUGGUAUUGUUAGCAUGGUGUAUGCACAAAGUGAAAUUUUGCAGAAAGAAGUUUUUCUUUUUGAAAGAAUUGACUCACAAGCUCGGGAAACCAUGAAACAUUUAAAGGCAAUAUGCUUCAUAAGACCAACAAAGGAAAAUUUUGAUCAUCUUAAAAGGGAACUAAAAAUCCCAAAAUAUGGAACUUAUUAUAUAUAUUUUAGCAAUGUUGUACCAAAAAGUUAUGUGAAGCAACUUGCAGAAGCUGAUGAUCAAGAAGUAGUAAGGGAGGUGCAGGAAUUUUAUGCAGAUUAUUUUGCAGUUAGUCCACACGUGUUUUCCUUUAAUAUAAUUGGCUGUUCCAAGGGUAAAAAUUGGGACUAUGAAAAGCAGGAACGUGUCACUGAAGGCGUCAUUUCAUUGUUGCUAUCGCUUCGAAAAAAACCUAUCAUCAGAUACCAGCAGUCUUCUCAAAUGUGCAAGCGACUAGCUGAAAGUGUAAUGCAAAAGAUGUAUCAAGAAUCGGGAUUGUUUGAGUUUCGCCAUUCAGACAUAUCCCCUUUGUUAUUAAUACUUGACCGAACGGAUGAUCCUGUUACACCGCUACUCAAUCAGUGGACAUAUCAAGGUAUGGUGCAUGAGUUGUUGGGUAUAAAAAAUAAUCGAAUCGAUCUAUCAUCUGUUCCAGGUAUUUCCAGAGAGUUAAGGGAAGUAGUGUUGUCAGCGGAACAUGAUGAUGUGUACAGAGAUAACAUGUACUUAAAUUUUGGAGAGAUCGGUUCGAACAUGAAACAGUUGAUGGAUGAAUUUCAAAAAAGUGCAAAAAGUAAUCAAAAGUUGGAAUCAAUCGCUGAUAUGAAGGCGUUCGUUGAAAAUUAUCCCCAAUUUCGCAAGAUGUCAGGAACAGUUUCAAAACACGUAACAGUGGUCAGUGAAUUAUCACGUCUUGUUAGUGAGCGUUGCUUGCUGGAGAUAUCAGAAUUGGAACAAGAUAUGUCGAGCAGGUCGGAUCAUACAACACACAUUCAAGCUAUUCGAAAGCUGUUAGCCAAUGAAAAAGUCAAAAACAUCGACGCGGCACGGUUGGUUCUGUUGUAUAUGUUACGUUACGAAAGAAGUUCAAGCAACGAUAUCAAAGGUUUACGUAAUGAUCUUCAGAAAAGAGGAGCGGAUGAAAUGCUGAUCAAACUCGUGUAUAAUAUGGUCGAUUACGCGGGUGCUACUAUACGUGGAAGCGAUAUAUUUGGCCAAAAUAAAAACGCGUUGGCAAUGACGAAGAAAUUCAUCAAAGGACUAAAGGGCGUGGAAAACAUAUACACACAACACAAGCCACUAUUACACGACAUUCUCGAUAACAUGAUCAAAGGGAAACUACGCGAACAACAAUAUCCCUAUUUAGGAAAAGAGACAUUCCGAGACAAACCUCAAGAUGUCGUCGUUUUUAUUGUUGGUGGUGCUACGUACGAAGAAGCAAUCGCAGUAUACGAUGCCAACCGAAAUAAUCCUGGAGUGCGAAUUAUACUUGGUGGAAGUACAAUACAUAAUACUGAAAGUUUUCUAGAAGAAGUGAGAGAAAGUACAAUGAUUGGUCACAGUCCAUCAGUUUCUUAUUCGUCCGGCUCCCGAGGACACACUCACGGCGUAUUUUAAACAACAAGACCGCCGUAUAAUACGGAAUGAAAACAGGUACUGCUCUAAGUUGUCAAUAAUACUAAAAAUUGUAAAAUCAUAUGAAGUAAAUUUUAUUUAUUAUCCAGUGAUGAGUCCCAUUGGAAAUUCUUCAUCAUACAAAUUGAGUUUUUCGAUAACUAUCGAAAGAUCUCGAUAAAAAAUCGAUAAAUUGGAAACUCAAGUAUUGACAUUUUUUGAGCUAGUAAAUCUCUGCAAUUCUGUUCAGUUGGUUAGUGUAUUUUGUGUACUGUUAUAAUGUGAAAUACCGUGUCUUGAAAAGAUCGUCAGAGAAAAGUGAAAAAAGAUUUCUGCUGGAUGAUGAAAUUUUUUAAAUAAUUAUUCCACAUUUUUUAAUAGUUUUGUUGUCUGUGUAUUAUUUUAUAAUAAUAAUUUAACGAAAUUUUUCAGCGAAAUAUUUUUAUCAUGGUAAACGUUUCUCGUCUUACGUUGCUUCUUCCUUUUGGUUGUAACACACGUUUUGUGAUUACCUUUUAUCUUCUUUUUUGCACUUACUAAACCAUUUAUUUUAAUUUCAUUCCAAAUAUUAGUACAUGCAGUCAUUUUUGACGCAUUUCGCAAUUCUUAAUCAAAAAACCCCAACAAUCCGCAUAUUUAUCUAAAAUGUUUAAAGUUGAAUUGACAAAUACGACUACGAUCGCAGUUUUAGUAAAAUAUAGUAUUUUUUAUAUCGUUUAUGCUUUUAAUGAUGACAUAAACGGUGCUGACAUCAGCAGUAAAUAAUAAUGGUAAUUUUCCUUUUUGA